AUGAAGAAGACUAUGUUGAUUACACUCAUCGUCUGUCUCUGUCUUGGGACCAAAGCACAUUCAGGUAUGACUUCCUUAAUAGUUAGAAUAGAUGAUUGUGCAGAUGCAUAUGCCAUGUUUUUGUCUGAACAUGCAUAGUAUGUAUAAUAAUAAACAACUUUAGACAACCUCGAAGUCGCCAACAGUUCUGCUUCAAGCUCAGCUCCGAAUACACCGCAAAGAAUAACCAAAGCAUUUUGCGACAACGACGAUGAGUUGGCCAAGAUCUCGUGUAUGAGCGAUAGUGAUCACGAACAGAUUUGGGGUGGAAUUGUUAAACAUGGACUAGCCCGGGUUCUUAAUGGUUUGGUGAUAAGAGACGCGCUGGUGCUUAUUGCGAAAGAGGAAUUGCGCAAGGCUCUGAACUUACCACCGCCACGCCCUUGGGCACCCUAUAACUCCACAAAACCUAGUGACGCAGAACUCGCGUCGGCACCGACUAUCGAGGCUUACUUCAAUUUAAAGGAACCGAGACCAAAAACUCACAGCCUUGAUAGCUACUACUUCUAUGAACACAAUUUUCCUCCUGCUAUUGAGUUUCUGAACAAGCGAGUCCCAGUAAUUCGCACUGUUUUUAGGUGUAGAUUUGAAAAUAAGCACCCGCUUGAUGCAGCAGGAGCGACAGAUAGGCAAACAAUUGAUCGCAUGAUUGCUAAGUUUUCCGGGAUUCAUACUAUAGUAGAUCGUGUGAGACAGCGAAUGAUUUAUGAAUGCUAUGAGGAUUAGUUUUUAGAAUAUUUUGUAUAAUUAUUCUUUUUAACGUUGUUAUAAGACAUUCGCAUGAUUAGUAUUUUUUUUAUAAUAAUUUUUUAAGUAUCUCUUAUAUGUACCUUGUCACUAAUUUUUCGCUCACUGCCGACCCAAUUUUAGAUGGAAAGUGAAAGUCUCCUUCUCUCACACUCUAAACACGCCUGGAUAGAGACAAUUAGACUUCUUCAAUCGAACAUUAUCCUCUUUGAAAAUUAUUUAUUUAUUUAUUUUAAUCGCUCAUGAAGAAUGAGAUUAAAACUGAUACUCAACUAAAUUUAAAUUAAAGAUAACACGACUUUUUGAAAAUCACAUGUUUCAAGCAUUUUCAAAACUAGAAGACAGAAAUAACCACAAAUAUGUGUACCAAAUUUUUGUAUUUGAAAUGUGGAGCAUUCAAUUACUUCUUUUUCUUUACCAUUAUUUUUUAAAUAAUUGACAACUUCAUGAGGUGGAUCUAAUCCAAAGGAAUCGAAGUAAUAACUUUUUAUUUUUUUAUUUUUUUGAAUAACAAACCCAAUGAGUGCCCUUACUAUUCGAAAAAAAUCAAGAUUCACAAUUCCAACUUCCUGGGAAUGUAUUUUUAUCUGGGAGAGCGUCUCUCAUGAAAAACACCGCGGAAAUGUUUUAUUUUUCAACUCCUUCACGAGCUCUUCGAGAUCAAGAUUUGUCAAUGGCUUCAUAUCUGUUCGGAGAUUAAUAUUCUUAAUUUAUAACACCAAAAAAAUAUUCGAAAAAAAUGUUGAAAAAAAUGAAAAAAAUGGGCAAAAAUGGUCUAAAAGGCAUUUUGACCUAAAAAAAUGACUUUUUUUCGAAAAAUGACUCAUUUUUCUGGUAAUUAAGACACAAAAAUGGAGUUGUAAAUGUUAAAAAAUGAUCGAAAACUGAAGAAAAUCAAGUUGGGCAAUGUUUGGGCAAAAAAGGUGUCCUAGCGUCAACACUUUCUAUACUACUCACUUGGCCUAGAAAACUCCGUCGGAACCUAGGCCACGUUUGCAAAUUUGCGACUCUCAGCGCUUUUUCCCCGCGUUUUUUUGGAACAGAUCAAGGUGUUGUUUGAAUUAAAAUCGCUUUAAAAAUUGAGUCCGUCUCUAAGAAAUACGUAGAUUGUAAAAAAUCUUUAAAAAUGUGCGAAACGACCACAAAAAUAAAGUCAUUCUUCGCACAAAAACGGUUAUAUUUAUAUGAGCCGAUUUUUCUCGUGAAAGCGACAGUGUAAUAUCGUCGGAAAGUUACUGCGCAGUACGCAGACGAGGAAAAAAAAAGAAAGAGAAAGAGUCAUGUGACAGAACAGAGAAAGGUCACUUCUUUGUGUUUUAUCGGCUGCCAGAGACUGGUUUGCCACAAGCUUUCUGCCCUUGGAGGGAAAAAAAGAGAGAGAGAGAGAGAAAAUGAAACGGGCGGCGCGCAGGGUCACAUGGACGACGAGUAUGGAAAGGGAAAGAAUCAGGUGAUGUGGGAUCACAAUGGAACUGGAAACAAUUGCAUUUACCAACUAGCUAGCCGAAUGUUGUUUGGUGAGAAUUUCGGCGAGAAAAAGGAACAAUAGAACGGUUACUGAACCCUAACUGGGCAAGUCUAUGUAUUUAGAAAGCACUGAGAAAAUUUCGACCUGUUGCAAUUGCGAAACACGAUAUUUGAGCAGAUCUCUGGCCUAAUUUCGGCCCUUUUUGACCCGCUUACAAAUGAUCAGAGGCCGAAAAGGCCGCAAAACUAAUAUAUCUCGAGUCCAAAAAGUCGGCAAAAGUUUGGUCCCGAUCGGAUUAUUGAUUAUUGCGCAGGCCUCAAAAAGCCUGGGCCUGCCUUUUGAGCUAAAUGUGUGUGCGCAAAAUACGUAUUUUUAGCGACAACUGAAGAUGACGAAAAAUUGUUUGGAAUGACUUUAAGAAAAUCGGGAACACAUUUGUUUCCCAUCAAAAAACAGGCAACUAGUCGAUGGCUACUUGCCCGUUUUCUGUCAAAAUUUCAAAAACAUAAACAUUGACGAGCAAGUGUGCGAAAAGAAGAGAGUGGGGAAGAGAAAGAGAGAGAGAGAGAAAAAAGGAAAGUUCAUGUGACCGGUCAGAUGAGGGGAACUAUGCCCACGCGUGAAACAGAAAAAAAAGCGAACAACAUAAUGUUCAAAUCUUUAUCACUGUUUCAUCAAAAAUUCAAAAUGCAUUCAUUACGAAUUCAAUUUUUGGUACUGUACUGUGGAAAAGUUGCUCAAAACUAUGAUUACUAGGACUAGACAACAGACGUUUGUCAAAAACUAUCCAAAAUCUUAAGGAAACGCAACACGAAACCAACGGGCACAACUUUCAAGUAGACAAGAGAACUGCCAUCCACCUACUCCACCGCAAAAAAGUUUUUUUUUCUCGUCAUUCAGGAAGGCUCUGUGUGUGUGUGUGGAACCGGUCGUCUCACAAGUCAACAGAGAAAGUGAGCCGAUUGGAGAGACGCAGACGGGACGUCGAAAGUCAUGUGAUUUCCAAGAGAGUGGGGCGCCACGCAAUAACUAUAUGUCACAUUGGCAAAAGGUUUUUUUGAGGGCAACGCAAGGAAACGGGGGUUUCGUUCGAGUGUGUGUGUGUGUUCUUUGACGCCUAACACACCAUUUCUGGACAAAUCGUACAAAAGUAAUAAACUCGAGACGUUUUCUAUUCCCACUAAUGUUUACAGAAUAUUGCUAGAAAGUCAAUCGAUAUUUCUCCUUUUAUCUCUGUCUCUCUCUCUCUCUCUAGCUAGACUCUGUUUAUGGGGCUAUUCAGCGUAUGUUUGUUUUCCGUUUUUUUCGUUUUUUUACAUCGCUGAAUUGGAUUUUUUGACAUAAAAAAACGAAAAAAACGGAAAACAAUCAUUUUUUUCACAGUCUGAAUAGCCCCAUUAGAUUGCUUAAAAAAAUCUCUAAAAUUCAGUGGGAGAAAGAGAGGAGAGGAGCAACAAAGAGUCGAGCAGAAAUUGUUUGAAAUUGUGAACUUUUCAUGCUUUGCUUAUGAAUUCAUCACGGCGAACAUUUGUGAACAUGCACAGGAAGCUCGUUUUUAUCGCUCCGUAUUGCAAACCGUACCCUUUUAGCAUUCAAAUGAGGGCGAGAAGUUCAAAUCAUGCUCGCAAAUGUUCGCCCCGUGUUCAUGCAACAAACAGCAACGCUUUUUCCGAAAAAAAAGUGCGAACAGCAAAAAAUCGACCCAAAACCUGGAGAAAGCGAAGAAAAGAGCAACAAAAAAGCGAGGCGAGGGAUUGCGUGAGCGCGCAUUUUCCGCGGCGGCGGUCCCCUUCAGUCAGCUGAGCGAGUUUCUCCCCCCUCUUUCUCUUUUUCUCCUCUUCUCGCGCGCUCUCUCUCUCUCUCUCUCGCCGUUUGCAGUGUGACAAACGGCGAGAGAGCGGGCGAGACGCGAGAGACGCACACGCAAUUGUUUCAGGAGCCAGUGAGAUCUUGCUCUCGGGCCCGUCGGCCAACAAUGAUGAUCAAAGAGCGACAUGUCGGAGCCGGGCGGCCAAACUUGAGAUCAAUCGAUAUUCAUGCGAGUUACAGAAAUCGAAGAAAUGAUUUGCAAGCUCGAAUUUACAGAAAGUCACGAUUAGGAAAUCAUGUUUUUUUUUAAACGAAAAGUCUGAAACACGAUUCGACGAUUGCUUAUGAUUCAUUUUCAAUACAGCGAUUCACGGAUUAUUCGAAUGACUUUUCGUUCAGGUGAUUCAUAAAACAGUGAGGAAUGAGGAAAAUUCUUGCUCAUUCCUUAGAUUUCAUUACUUCUUAUCGAAGAGCGAGCAAGAAGAAACGUACGAGAAAAAGUAUAAAUAGAGGGAGGUGUGGAGGCCGUAUCAUUCUCAUAAUUACCCUAUUCCUGCUACACCGAUUGCUUUUAGCUCGGAAAUUACGCUUUUUUCAGGAUGUCGUUUGAAGAAGAAGUGCGUAGAAUCGCUCGUCGUUACUCGAAUCCCACUCUACCAAGAUUCUCCACUAUGAGGUCGUUGGUGAGCGUUGUGCUCGCUUCGUGAACCGCGGCGUCUUUCUCAGCGAAAUAGUCGUGGUGAUCAACCAUAUUAAUGGUCAUAUCGUGAGUUCAUCCAACCUUUUCAAAGUACAAAAACUGUGAGAAAUAACAGGCGAGCGAGGGAAAUACCAUUUAGAAGAGAGAGAGAGUUCCGGUUGAACCGCAAUCUCGCCCAGACCUGAGAAAUAAUGACUUUGUUACAGGAGGUUCUGGAGAAAACCAUUCUGACGAUUCUCGAGCCUAUUGUCAGCCUCGUCGAAGAACUGAUGAAUGGAAACGGCACUGUUUCGGAAUUGCAAGCUUUGUUUUGA